UCUUGUUGAUGCAAGCUAACACUUGGGUUUUAGUCUCUGCUAGUUUGGUAAUUCAUCGUACCCAGAUUGAGGCCACUCACACAAUACAAUGGUACUCAUCAGCGAGGACAGUAGGGAGUUGCUCCAAGCCCACGUCGAGCUAUGGAACCAGACCUACAGCUUUAUGAAGUCGGUGGCACUCGCCGUUGCUUUGGACCUCCACAUCGCUGAUGCCAUCCACCGCCGUGGUGGCGCCGCCACCCUCUCCCAGAUACUUGGAGAGAUUGGUGUCCGCCCAUGUAAGCUUCCUGGCCUCCAUCGCAUAAUGCGCGUUCUCACCGUCUCAGGAACCUUCACCAUCGUCCAGCCAUCAGCGGAAACCAUGUCAUCAGAGUCAGACGGGCGUGAGCCUGUCUAUAAGCUGACAACAGCGUCCAGCCUCCUCGUCAGCAGCGAGAGCUCGGCGACAGCGAGCUUGUCUCCUAUGCUAAACCAUGUGCUUAGCCCCUUCCGUGACUCGCCGCUCAGCAUGGGGCUCACUGCGUGGUUCCGGCAUGAUGAAGAUGAACAGGCGCCUGGCAUGUGCCCGUUCACCUUGAUGUACGGCACAACCUUGUGGGAGGUGUGCAGGCGCGACGACGCAAUCAACGCGUUGUUCAACAAUGCCAUGGCCGCAGACAGCAACUUCCUCAUGCAGAUUCUCUUGAAGGAGUUCAGCGAGGUCUUCCUUGGGAUAGACUCGCUGGUCGACGUCGCCGGCGGGGUUGGGGGAGCCACCAUGGCCAUUGCGGCGGCAUUUCCGUGUUUGAAGUGUACCGUGCUGGACCUCCCUCACGUUGUUGCCAAGGCUCCUUCUAGUUCUAUUGGCAACGUGCAGUUUGUUGGGGGUGACAUGUUUGAGAGCAUUCCACCAGCAAAUGUUGUCCUCCUCAAGUGGAUUUUACAUGACUGGAGCAAUGAUGAGUGUAUCAAGAUAUUGAAGAAUUGCAAGCAAGCUAUCCCUUCUAGAGAUGCAGGAGGAAAGAUAAUAAUCAUUGAUGUUGUGGUUGGGUCUGAUUCAUCAGACACCAAGCUUCUGGAGACGCAAGUAAUCUAUGAUCUCCAUCUCAUGAAAAUUGGUGGGGUUGAACGAGAUGAGCAAGAGUGGAAGAAAAUAUUCCUCGAAGCUGGAUUUAAGGACUACAAGAUUAUGCCGAUUUUAGGCCUCCGAUCGAUCAUUGAGCUAUAUCCAUGAAUGCCCAGCAAAUAAGUCUGCUAGAGAAAUAAAAGCAUAUGGCACGUUGAGUGUUCUAGUGACUUCAAUUUAUGUUGUUGUUGGGAUUGGUGAAAUUUCAGUUUGACCCUUUCUGAAUGUUACAGUUUAAAUUCAAGCAAUUUCCCUUUUAUGUUUAGCCUGAUAGUGAGCACAUAUCACACCCUGGCACCCUGCUAAUAAAGAGCAUGACCAAUUGUUCAGUUAUAUACCAUGAAUUUGUUGCUUUGGAUUCUC